AUGUCUCCAUCGCUGUCCCACCGUCGUCACCCCUCCGCCCCUCCGGCCGUUGUCGUACAGGCUACCAAGACGCCUGGCCUUCUCUCCAUCUCCAAGCCGGCCCGCCCUUCAUCCCGGCAGCAGUUCAACCUCCAGCCUCCGGCGAGCAACCACAAGAAUGCCCGCUCGCCCAAGCAGAAGCAGCCACAGCAGGCCCGCCAGUCCCCGGUCAAGGCUGAUCAGUCUGAGGACCCGUCCAAGGCCUCUCCAGCCAAGAAGGCUGCUGACAGCGACGCUGUCGAGAAACAGGAGAAGACUUCCAGCCCUCAGUCUCCAGAGAAGCGCCCCAGAGGCCGCCAGCAGGGCAAGCCUCCCAAAGAUAAGGCGCCCACAAGCAAUGCGCAGACGAGACGCAACAACAUUCGCCAACCCUCCCCUCCGAUCCCCUCGCAGGCAGAGGACAACGCCUCCAUUUCUUCAGACACGAACCGCAACCCUUCUUCCAACUCUUUCGACCCCUUUGUCGUUUCUUCUGAUUCCGAGUCGGACAACUCUCAAGCUGUCGCCACGACCGUCCCCAGGAAGGGUUCUACCAAGCAGGCGAGCCCUGCCUCCAACGGCGCUUCCGCCGGCAAGCCGUCUCGCAAGAGGCGCGCCGUCCCUCAGGCACCUACGACGCCCACUCCGGCGUCCAAGGCCGUCCCCAUCCCCCGCAAGGAGAAGGCUCACACUCGCCCCGACCUCUCCCGGUCGGCUCCGAUUGCAGCGGCCGCACCCAUUCACGCAAACAUGCGCUCUUCCGUCGCGUUUUCCGCGCGGUUCCCUGUCUGUGACGAUACUACCGACACAGAAAACGAUGACGUCCCUUCGACGCCCACUAGGUCGAAGAGCGGCUGGCAGCAGUUUGAAGAUAGUCUCACCCGUUCUGUGCCCCUUCCCGACAAAGGCUUCUCGUUCGGGGUUAUGAACUCCCCUCCUCCUCGCGCCCGCACUACUGGCCACUACCGCUCUCCUAGCGAGGGUGUUGGCGUCUUCAACGCGUCCUUUGACGAGGAUAUGUAUGGCCCCGGCCCGAACGCUGAAGCCUCCGAGGAGCUCAAGAAGCUUUUCGGCUUGUUGCCCAAUGGGACAGCUCAUAGCAAUGAGUCCAGGGAGCGGCUUCUCGGUGCCUUCUUCGCCAACUCUGCCUUCCAGAACUCGCCGAGCCCCGACGAGCUCCCGGCUCCCGACUUCUGA